AAGCUGGACAGGCGAUGUGGGGCUUUUGAGCUUAUAAGAGAAUCCUUACCCUUGAGCCAGAAGCAGCUUGCCCCAGAGGUGCUCUAUGUCGAGUACGUGAGCAGUGAGGAGUCUGCCUAUGAAGAUGAGGAAGAUCCCAUCACUGGUGAAGUAACACAGAAACUAAAGGGUUAUUUAACCAAGAAGCUCUCUUGGGAGAGAACAGCCCUAACAAACUUAAAAAGCAAGCUUGACAGAGCCCAUUAUAGAAGCCUCACCCCUCAUGCCAAAGCAUUGGCAAAGCCCAGGUUUGAGGGUGAUAUAGGGUGAGAAAGGGACUUGAAGAAAGAAAAUCAGGCUUGAGUUUGCAAUAUUCAUUUGAGAAAUCUGGGAUAACCAAAAAGUUUGUUUGAGAUAUUAAUCAAGGUUCAACUGAUAUUUGGUUAACUGUAGAAAACAAGCUGCAAGCUGUAGUCAUUGAUUACACUUAAACUUUUCCAAAUUCUCAAGCUCUCAAUAAUGAUUAUUUAAUACAUAUUGUUUAAAUAUUAUGUCAGAUUUUUGCUGUUUACAAUUUUUUUAGUGGUAUUAUUGAUAAAUACAUGCACUCAAUCCACAGUACAGUUAUUUCAUAAGUUUUGUUUCCUUUGGCAAGCGUUAAUAGCCCACCAAACAAACCUAUGAGGCAUUUGCUUUUUAGUGUUGGUGUUUCCUUAAAUGGAUUUAGACAUCUUUUUAAUAUAAGAAACAGGUAUUUUUACCUGGACUUUAUUUUAUAAUUAUAAAAUCAACUCUCUGUAAGACAGACACCUUUGGGACUGGCAUUACUAACUAGCUGUCUGUCGAAUAAAGAGAGUAGAGAAGCAGGGACCAACUCUAGAUUUUCGUCUUACCGAGGUGUUUGUCUUGUAAAGGUGUCCGGUACUACCGGAAGAAAUGAACAGUUUUGAACCGUAAGAAAUGUAUUAGAGACGGUAGUUUUACCAAUUACAAUUCUUUAUGCUGUCGUUAUUAGUGUUAAAUAUAUUUAGAUUUCUGUUUUAGUGUUUUCUUAAAAUUAUGUGCACAUUGUAUUUUCAAAGGCCAAUGAAUUUCGUUUUAGUAAUUUUUUAAAAGAGAAUUGUAACCAUCUCUAUUAAAUAAAAUAAAGUGAGUUGAACGCGGAAAAAACUGCUUGUCUUCAUUGUGUAGGGAAAGGGAUUGACUUAAAAGGGAUAGAUUAAUUUCAUUUUUCCAAAAGGAUUUUGAAAACUACUUAACUUUUCGGGAGCAGUAACUCAUAAAAUAGUACCAGACAAAGUCAUCAGGGCCCUACCAUUCUUGAGCCCGCUGGAACCAGCCGAUUAGUUUAAACUGUAGUUUCUGAAGUCCAAUUAACAAUUCAAGUUCAAGUCCUUUGACUUUAAAAAUCAAGUUUUGGGCAUACUUAAGAUUGAUUAUUUUUAGCUAAAACCUUCAAGUAUGGUUUUAUAGUACGCUCCCUCUUAAACUAAACGUUUCAAGCACAUUUAAGCUUGAUUUAAUGCAACCAAAACAAGGCGUUUCACACAAUUAAACAGCUGAUUAAACCUACCUUAAACUUUAGCCCUAAAGCUACUUUAAGCUGGGUUUACGUUAAAUUAAAAUUUGGGUUUAAGGAACUUAAACGUCCACUUAAACUUAUUUUUCUUCUUGUGUAUCCCAUGAUGCUUUACCUCUAUUUUCACACUAUUCCUCUUGGUUGGAUAGUGCGCUUUCAUGGUGAGAAGCAAAUUUUGGUCUGCUCGAUUUUGUCUUUUUCGAUUCUGCAAGGUUAGUUUCUACUUUAAUUAUUAAUCAUUGAAAUUCCGUUGACAUGAUGAACUGUUUUUUCACUCAUUUAAUGAUUUUUUUCUCUCAUUUAGAGUUGUGUUUUCUGAGCCUAUUUUUCCACGACGGUAAACAGAUGGCCGACCGACUUUCAAUUAUACAGUAAGUACAUCUUUUGUACCGGGGUUUUGCAAAAAAAGAGUAUCUAGAUAGGAAGAAAAGCGUUGCAAGUUAUUGUUUCCGUGCACCGACCUCCUUCAACCUCGCGAUUUCCAUGUGUUUGACCGUCUCAAAAAAUCGCAUUUUUCAGUCUGUUCUUCACCAUGACACGACUCGAAGGUGUCAAUUUCUCUCACGAGCGAAGCCCGCCAAGCUCGCGCCACUUUCUGUAUAGUUUGUUCUCAGAACCUUUAUGGUCAGAUGUUAAAUAUCACGCUGUAACUUGAUUUUUUACUCCUUUUCGUUGUUUCAGUUAUAUUUCUUGUAAAAAUGGAUUUGGAUAGUUCGCAAAAGCGAUCAUACGUGGCUACCGGCAACACUCCAAACAAGCCAGCCGGCUUUAUACACGACCCCACAAACUUUGAGCUUUAAACCAUAUCGUGUUUAAAUAAAGGAUAUGCAUGUAUGUAUGUAUGUAUGUAAAACUUCGAGACGGCAGCUGAGAUGAGACAGAAUCACCAGCACGACGGAGUCUGGGUUUCCAGCAUUUAAACCCAAUCCAAACGGUAGUUAUUCAAUAUUCUUUGACAUAUAUAUUGUAGUCUUUGAUAUGUAAAUGAAAUCAAUUUAUGAAUAGCUUUAGAGCCUAUGGUAAUUUUUGUUUGUUUUAGGCUUCCCGACGUAUCCUUCAAAAAGCUAGUGAGAUCCCCUAAAAGUCCCAAGCAAUUGCCAUCAGUCCACAAAAUAUCUUAUCCCUGGCAGCUGGCAGAACAAGUAGCGUUAGUACAGGUCGUCGCAUUAUUCGAGGAUUUAAAACCUGAAGGAACCGAGUGGCCCUCAUUUGGCAGUCGCCAUGAAUACUGGAACAAAGCAGCAACUUUCGUUCAAGAAACUGCAGGAACUAAGUAUCCGAGAUCCGGUAAGCCAAAAGCAAAAACGUUAGGUGAUUUUUGUAUAAAGAUUGCUUGAUUUGCCUUUUUUACGCACCAUCUGUUGCUUUCUAAAAUGUGCAAUUAUAUGAUAUCUAUAUAAAAAAACUCUACAUACACUUGACCAACUGAGAAAGAUGUAUUAAAAUGACCUUUAUUCAACAUUCAAGUAUUCAGGAUUCCCUUUGUAAACAAAGAUACCUUAUAUUUAACUGCAAUGAAUUGGUUUGCAGAUUUUAUGUAUUUAUUCAGAAAUGAGCUAAAUACCACUAAUGCCUAUUGCUUUAAUGAUAUUUCCCCCAACAAAGCCCGAAAGGUUCUUAUUCCCCCUACAGAACCCCAAAGGUUCUUAUUCACAAAUUUUGAAAAUAAACCACUCCAGGAAGUACGUCAGUAUUGCUUUUUGAAGCAAGCUAAUUGGAAACGUAUUACUUAAUAUCAUGCAUGUCAGUAAGGGAAACCCAUUCUGUAUGAUUGACAUGUAUGUACUUAAAAGCUAAUUGGAAAAGUAUUACUUAAUAUCAUGUCAGUAAGGGAAACCCAUUCUGUAUGAUUGACAUGUAUGCACUUAAAAGGGGUUAGAAAAAUGUGUUUAAAGAAUAAUUAUAUGACACACAGUUUUUGUUUUACCAUUUUUAGCAAACCAAUAAUUUUUGUAAUUAUUCAUGUAGGUAGCAGUAUUCGACAGCAAGUCCUAGGGGAGUUGAAAAAGACGUUCAAGUGUAUCUCUGAAGCAUAG